CAAACGCUUUUACUUGUUGUAUAAUCUCUGCGUAGGAAAGAUACUUUUUACGGACAAAUAAAAUUUGGAUAAAUUAUGGAGUUGUACCGGAAGUACCCUGUUUUAAUCACGAUAUGGGCUCUCAUGGAAAACCUCCUAUUUGCUGGUGUUGUAUUUGGAUGGGGCUCACUAGUGCUUAUUCUCAAAGAAGAAGGUUUCUAUUCUGACUAUUGUAAACAGAGUGACAUUUUCAACAAAAUUAAUUCGACACUUCCAGAUACAAAUUCUGUUCUCAGUGUAUCAAACAACUCGUUGGAUAACGAAACUAUGUCAUCUCAAAGUUUCAGACCAAACAAAGCGUCUGGUGAUGGAUGUCCUGAGCAGGAAUCAAAGUUGAAUCUCUGGUAUUCUAUAGCUGCAAGUGCUUUAUAUCUAAUUUAUGCUGGGAGUUCUCACUUACAGAGGCGGUUUGGUACAAGAAUUACACGUGUAAUAUUUCAAAUAAUCUACUUGAUCGGAACUUUGUGUAUGGCUUUUGCAAGUCCAGAAUUACCAUGGCUACUGCUACCUGGACUAUCAGGGAUGGGAAUGUCAGGAAUGGUAAUAGCCUGCACAAAUACACAGGUAGCGUAUCUUCAUCCACGAGUACAGUCAACUAUUGUGUCCUUAUUUGUAGGACUGUUUGAUUUUUCAUCAGUCAACAAACAGCUUAUUCGGAUUGCAUAUGAAAAUGGCAUCUCGAGACAAACGUCCUAUAUCUUUAUGUCUGUUGUGUUUGUUGUGAUAACCACUAUCAGCACAAUGCUCUUCCUCCCGAAGAUGUUUAUUGGUGAUGACUAUCUAAAAGAGAUGGAGAUAAAGCUGAAACAGAAAAAACUGCAGCUGAAACAAGCAGAUACGGAUAAAACAAAGACAGAACAGACGGAAAAUCAAGAUGAACUUCCAAAAUCACUGCAACAGGAACUCGCUGAAAAUGGCAGUAGCUUGGAUCUUGAGGUGGCAAAAGAUAAACCUAAGCCGUCCUUGUGUUCGAUAAUUUUCUCUGUAACAUGCGUCUUUCACCUCUACUGGACGUUCAUUCACGCCGUAAGAUUUAUAACGUUCAUUGGACAGUUAAACGUGUGGCUUGAGAGUAUCUUCCACAAAGACGAAACAAAAGUUGGUGACAUGCUUUCGACUUUCUCGUACAUGACUAUGGGGACCAUUUUCUCUGCAUUGUUUUGCGGAUUUGUUUAUGACUAUCACCGUAAACGAUAUAUAAAUGCCGGUAAAAUCAAAAGUGUCUAUUUACCUGCAGUAUUGUCGGUAUCUUUGGUCAUCUUCUACUCAAUAUGCGUUACAGUGUUUUGCUUUAUCAAAAAUGACGUGACCCCGUAUUUUGCAUUUGUCUUCUUCACCUUCUUCCGAACGUCACUGUACAGUGUUGGUGUUGCCUUUAUGGGAUAUGCGUUUCCAGCCGACUAUUUCAACAACUUGAUGGGUAUGGUACUGUUUGCAGGAGGAAUAGGCGGCCUAUUUCAGUACCCAUUGUUCCAGUGGUAUGAGGCGUACGAGGGAUCCUAUACACAUGUUAACUCUCUUCUACUCGUACUUCAAGUGUCUACGAUAAUCCAUCCAGUUUUGCUAUAUAUAAAGGGCUACCGGGAUAGAGAUACUACUUACAGAAAUGUAUAUACACAAGAGUCACACUACCCUCGAGAUGAGCACCUAUAAACAUUGCAGCACAAUUGAAAUUUUAGAAACCUGCUUCACUGUAAUCGCUGUUAUAUACAACUAUUUCACUAUUUUUUUCAACAAGGCAGGCAAAAAGCAAACAGGUGGAAGGCCUUUAUAUAGUGUAUUUUGCAAAGAAUUCACCAAACAUUUAUUAUUGUCAUUUACAAAAAUGGUUUGGCACAAAAAUGAUCCUUUAUGAUAAGUAAUUUGACAUCAGUUAUGAUGAUCUAACUUAAAGUAUAAAUAAAAAAUCAGUUAACAAUU